AUGGCGGACCAUAUCCAUACAACCAAAGAGCAAUCCAAGGACGAUGCAGCUAGUGUGAUUGCCGUAACUGAUCCAGGGCCUCCAGUUUUGCAGGAAUAUGAGCGCUUAUUUACAGUUGACAACCAAUUUGAGCAGCCUAUCACCACCAGAAGAGAGCUUUGGUCCUAUUAUCUUUACGCCAACGGGGAUAAUGGUGUCGGCCCUGGCUCUUACAGUCAAACUCUGUUCCAAUGGGCUCUCAAUGGCGCGGGGUUUCAACCUGAGACUAACCCGCCAAAGGCAUGCACUUCUUCCUCAGCGUGUGUUGUCCCUUGGGUGGGAGGUACCAGAUCUACUUCCUCGGUGGUUUUGAUUGCCAACGGUCUAUGUUUCACUUUCAUGACAAUCAUCUUUUUCUGGCUGGGAAGUGCCGCCGACUAUGGUUCAUUCGGCAGAUGGCUGCUUCUAGUACUCACAGUUGUCUGCUGGGCAUUUCAGUACGGUAUGAUGGCCCUCCGCCAUCCCAGCCAGUGGCCCUUGGCGAUGGGCUUGUACGUCGCUUCUUAUAUUGCUUAUGGCGCAACCCUUGUCUUCAUCGCUGCUGUAUUUCCUCAGCUGGCGCGCUGCAUGCCACACGUUCGCAAGGCUCGCGAUGAACUGUCAGAUAGAAAGAUAAGCCAGAAAGAGUACGAUGCGAUUGAAUCUCUUGAGAGGAAUCACAUUAGUAAUAUCUCAACGGCGCAUAGCAACAUCGGCUACCUUCUCACGCUGGUUCUCAAUUUGAGUGUCCUGCUCCCUAUGCAGAGCAACGCCUACUCAAACAAUCUGGCUCUUUGCUUGACUAAUUCAUACUGGGUUGUUUUGGGUAUUUGGUGGUUCCUAUUCCAGCAAAAGCGACUUGGUCCAAACGUGCCCCAAGGCUCCAAUUUCGCUACCAUCGGUCUCAAACAGAUAUGGUUAGCCAUUCGAGAGAUCAGGUCUCUGCCUCAGACCUUUCUUUAUUUUUGGGCAUACUUUCUGCUCGCAGACGGUCUGAAUACAACAGGAACACUCGUGAGUAUCAUUCAGAAUGACAAUGUUUCCUUCUCCUUUCUACAGAUCACCUACCUCGGCAUUACGCAGGCCACUUGCUCAAUUAUUUCGACAUUUGGAUUUUGGUACAUCCAACGAUAUUUCAAAUUCCAAACGAAGACCAUGUUCCUGUUCACCAAUUUCUUCACCAUCUUCAUUCCACUUUGGGGAAUGAUAGGACUUUGGACCACUAGAAUUGGGUAUCACAACACAUGGGAAUUCUACUUUUACAAUGUCAUUUUUGGACUUUUCCAGGCUCCAUACUACGCAUACGCCCAAACGAUGAUAAGUGAGCUUAUACCACAGGGCUACGACAAUAUGUUUUUCGCUCUUUUUGGAAUCACUAACCGCGCCUCUUCCAUCAUCGGCCCAAACGUUAUCCAGGCGAUCAUCAACAAUACACGGAACAACUGGAUGGGAUUUCCGUUCCUCUUUGCUAUCUGCACCGCUGCCAUGAUGGUUGUUGGAUUAGUUAACAUCGAGAAAGGUCGAGAGGACUGCAAAAGAUUCACAGAGCAACGGAAAAUCGGUCGAGUCGUUACAGAGGGAAGAAACUCUACUGUACCUGCCAAAGGGAAGAACGCAGCGGCAACGAUCGGUAGUGGCUCUGCUGAUGAUGAUGAGGAAUGA